AUGCUCAAGCACAUAGUGAUCACCGGCUUGCUGCUGGUCUCGAGUGCCGCGGCAUACCCCGUCCUCAAUCCGGUUGAGUUCGUCAAGCGGGCUCCCAGCCCCGGUGUCAUCAUCCAGCGUUGCAGCAACCCAGGCAUGCUGGCGCUGGCCUACGAUGACGGUCCGUAUCAGUACACCUCCCAACUAGUCGACAUCCUGGACCAGGGAGGCGCCAAGGGCACUUUCUUCUGGACGGGAACUCUCUACGGGUGCAUUUACAACUGGGCAGAUGCCGUCAAGAAGACCUUCAACUCGGGUCACCAAGUCGCCAGCCACAGCUGGAGCCAUCAGCGGAUGGGAAGCAUGGGCGAGUCGCAGAUCCGCAGCGAGAUGACGCGCUUGGAGGAUGCCUUGGUCAACCUGAUAGGCGUCAAGCCGACGUACAUGCGCCCGCCGUACCUCGAUACCGGCGGUCAGUUCCUCAACGUCAUGCGCAGCAUGGGCUACAAGGUCAUCACCAACUCGAUUGACUCGGGCGAUUGGAACAAUCGCACGCCCCAGCAGAGCCAGCAGGCCUUCCUGCAGGCUGGGACUAGUGGCAAUGGUCAUAUCCCACUCAUGCAUGAGACUUAUGCCAGCACGGUCCAGACCCUUACGCCGUGGUUGAUCAACUGGGCGAAGCAGAAUAACCUUAAGCUUGUCACCGUUGCCGAGUGCUUGGGCGACCCCGAUGGCAUGUAUCAGGUUGGCAACUUCACGCCCGCAGCCGGACCGUACAGGUGCUGA